GAGAAAAGUGGGUGUUUUUGGAUGUUGGAAAAGUGUAAACAAACAUCGCUUCCUGUAUACGGCCUGGUGAGAGACUAUCGGAAAAUCUCCGAACGUUUCGGUGCGCGGGUGGUGAUCUCAUUCAAGACUUUUCAAUUUCAGUCACACUGGUAGGUAGCUGCAGUGAGGAUAGAGGUUCGUUGGCUACAUCACCGCUUUGCACAAGCAGUUAGUGCGUAGCCAUUUUCCUAGGAUUGUGCAUCAUUAUUUUCACGAAAAAUUACUUCAUUCCGCUUAGUUUUGGCCGUGCAGCCGUGUGUUCUACAUACCCGAAUUGUUAGAAGUGGUAAGGACCUGUUUGGGAGAUCCAGAAAAGGGUUUUUCAACAUUUCACAAUUCGUUCGAAUCGAUUUUUCACUCACACUCGAACAGAUUCAUUUCCGAUUUUAGGAUUCAAAACAGAAACAAACUUUUUAUAACACACAACCAGGAAAAACUACCAUUCGUGAUUACUGUGAAUUACAACUUUGGAGGCACCGGGUGCGGUGGGAGUGUGACGGCAGCAAUCAACAAAAGGCUUCAAAAUAGGUCAGCUCAACAGUAUUCGAUUCAACGAAGACGGAACGGCUAGAAUGCACGAGGGCGAAAUAGUGAUAAAGAAGGUGCAGGGACAUGUCCCGAAGUCCGGCGCCCCGCGGGAGAAACCGUUAAAGGACGCCGUCGUCACCUAUCGGCUGACGCGGGACGACAUCUCCGGUGGACCGGUCAAUCUGGAUGAGAUCGAGCCGGGACUGUGGCUGGGGAAUGUGACGGCGGCAGCGGAUUUGCCCACACUGGAGAAGUUAGCCAUCCGGAGUGUGCUGACGAUCGAUUCAUGCCCGCUGCCGACCCAUGUGACCGAGAAUCCCAGCUUGAGAGUGAAGUAUAUUCAAGCUUCUGAUGUGCCAAGGGAGGAUCUGAUUAAACACUUUGAAGACACGAACAAUUUCAUCAGGGAAAGUUUGGAGGAGGAGAGAAAUGUGCUUGUACAUUGUUACUUCGGCGUAAGUCGAAGUGCCACCAUAGUGAUUGCCUACAUCAUGAACAAGUAUAAGCUAACCUAUGAUGCGGCCCUCCAGCGAGUCAAGUCCAAAAGGCGGUUCGUGAUGCCUAAUCCGGGCUUCAUCAACCAAUUGAAACUGUUCAGCAUCAUGAACUAUCGGAUCGAUCCGCUAAACGAGAAGUAUAAACUAUUUCGGCUCAAACUGGCGGCCGAUAAUGUACGGAAAGCAAAACGUCUUCCGGUGAACUGCAUGGAUGUUGUCAAACCUGAUCCGGCCGUCACGCAAGAAACACCCGAACCGAUUGUCUACAGAUGUCGCAAAUGUCGCCGUGUGGUUGCUACCAAGAGCAAUCUUCUACUGCACAAACAAAAACCUCCGGGUCAUUCACCUGCUAAGCACUUUAAUUCGUUUGGUGACGUAGUAGCCGGAUUGAAUGAUGACGAAUCAGAUUCGGAAACUCCGACCAAGGAAGGGGACGGCACCGAAGGGGAAGCAACUACUGCGGAACCAACGGCAGAUGAGCCAGAAGCAAAAGGCGCCGUAAAGGAAGGCUCAUCAGUGAACUAUGUAACGGAACAAUUGCGACGCAGUUCGAUUAGUAGCGACCACAGUCAACGGUCCUCGGAGAAGGAUGGCGUUUGCAGCAAAAUUUACUUCACCGAACCGCUCGCCUGGAUGACCGACAUCUAUCACAAUACCCAGGGUCGGUUGUAUUGUCCCAAGUGCACGGUCAAGCUGGGCAGCUUCAACUGGGUGAUGGCAACCAAGUGCCCCUGCGGAGCGGAGAUCUAUCCUGCAUUCUAUCUGGUGCCGUCCAAGACGGAAUACUCGACCGUGGUGCAGAACGUGCAGGUUACGGUGUAAUUUUGGUGCAUUGUUUCAAGGAAAGUGGAGAUCGGGCGUUGUUGAGUUAAACGAGUGGGAGGAGCUCAGAGGAGAAACAAUGAUAUCGGUGGUAUUUUACCAGCAAGAAAACUAAAUCAAAUAGUGAAUCUUCCUAUUCAGUAUGUUAAGUAGUAGUUUGGUCACAUUGACUGAUAGUACGGCGAUCGCAUACUGCUUAUAUGCUUCUCCUACUCGUAGGCAAAAUGCAUUUAUAUAUUGCGAUAGUCAUCUAUACAAUAAUACAAUAUAAGACAUUCAUAUGUGCAUAAAAAUAUAUAAUACCCACCGUUGAACCAUUGAAAAAUAAUAACCAAAAAGUUUAAUUAUUAUUAAUUACUUCUUUUAUGUUGAAAUUAGGAUGCCGCCAUGUUCCGCGUUUGGUAGGUCUUCUACUUGUUUGGAACAAAAUUUUGUGUAAGGGCGACGCCACUUGCAAUUCGAUGGAUUUUUAUUAUUAAACAAUGUUUUAGAGAAUUUUGAAACGAUUGUUCAGUUAUUCACUACGGCGUAGAAUUUCAACCCAUUUAUUGAACACUAGCAGACCCGACGAGCUUCGUUUUGCCUUAAAUUGAUUUAUUCUCUGAUUAGUUCUCGAGAAAUGCAGAAAUGUCUGUUUUAUUUGUAUGGGAGCCCCUCUUUGCAAAAGGGGCAGGGGUCUUGAACCACCCCCUUCGAAAACCUCCAAAUGCCAGAAUUGGUUUCAUUUGCUUGAUUAAUUUUCGAAUUAUGAAGAUAUUGGUGUUUCAUUUGUAAAGGGAGCCGCCCUUUCCAAAAGCAGUCUAGACUCUAGAAUCAUCCUAAGAACUUUUCCCGGCUCCAAAAACCUUUACAUCGUGGAAUCGUUUUCGAAAAACAAAUUCAAGUCAAAACCGACUUCUUCCAAUAGGCCUAGAGGGCUUUUUUUUUUAAAAUAACUGUGUUUCCAAGUCAGUCGAUUUUGUAUCCAACCGACUAUAUAGACUUAGAUAACUUGUGAAUCGGUGGAUAUAAACGUUCUUGAAAUUGUAGACGAUCGACUUUUUGAAUUGAACUCAAAUAAGCCCAAAAUGUGUCAUUGAUCGAAGGAUAAGGCUAUAAGUAGUCUACAUAAACCAACGCACAAUUUAUCCAGUUUUAUCGUUAUUCUCCAGGCAGAAUAAUUUCGACUAUUCAUAAACGACAAAUUUCACCUCAUUUGAGAAAUCUCAUAUGCUAGUCUAUGCGUAGAUUGAGAGAUAUUUUGUCGUCCUUACUAAAAAAUGGUAAUUUUUCUCUCCCGAAAAGGAAAUCAUUAAAAAGAAGACAGAAUCAUUAUAGCUAAUGAAUAUGUUGUGUAUAAGUUAAGUGUUAAGCUAAGUGUUUCCAUUUAUUUUUUAACUGCAUUUACAUUAUAUCAUAUUCUGUUCAAUAAAUCAACAAUUGUUCGUAUACUUAUACAGCUUCCAUGCGGUAUCCUUCACAGGACAUCGCUUCCGAUAUCCACCAAAAAAGAGACCACACAGAGCCAAUAACUUUUUAUACUAUCUGCGAACAAGAGCACUAUUGGAGCAAUUCAGCAAAACAGAAACGCGCAACUCGAAAGUAUUAUCAAAAACAAAUAAAAACUUAUUUACAAGCAUCCCGUAGAAGAGUAUUAACACUUAAACUGAACGCAAAGAGCAAGCAUAAAUGCCAUUUAAAAUGACAGAAUUAGGAAAAUAACAGCAACAAAAAAACAAUGAACAAUGUUGUAACUAAAUCCACAGAUAACAGACAUCCAGGCUAGAACAAAUUUUACUCAAAAAGCUGUGUAAAUCAAAGUACGUUGAAUACUGACUGUGGCAAUACGUCGUUUGGUGGCGCUAGGUGUCUUUCAUGGCGACAAGCGUACUAGCUGUCAUUUUGCAUCAAACAAACAUUGCGCGCCAAAAUGAUACCAAGCUUGCCGCCUCUUUCAGCACGUGAUAACUGUUGAUGUUUAUUUUUCAGCCAUAGUGCCUGACGAGGUAAACGAGGUAAAAAAAUAUUUUUUGCAAAACACUUUUUCGUACCUUCAAACAUUCAAGUAGAGUUUCUGGUACUCAAGCUACUUCUCAUAUUGGUGAAAAAUUAUAUGCUUAUAAAAGUUUUAACUACUGUCGAAGAGAGAUAGUGUUCUAAAACAGUUAUUCAGUUAUAUUUCUAUACAUAACGUGAAUUGAAAGACUAGACGGGGCAUGAAUAAUUGAAAAAUCAUGAAUAUAUUUGCACACCAAAAUCUAAAUUCUAGUUACAGCGAAAUUAUUUGCUGAAGUAUGUCCAGUUUACUGUGAUUUCAGCAUCAGCUUUAUUCUCCUGAUUGAUUGCAAUUUCUAUGAGACGUAAAAUAUUUUCUAUCAAUGUCAUUAGUAGCAAUGAAAAAAGUAGAAAAUUAAUUGUGAAGCUGAUUUAAUGAAAUUCCAAUGCUGUCUAAUUUCUAGCGAAAUAAACUUAAAAUGUGAGCACAAAUUAUGGCCUUUUCAUCCUUUUAGUGCUUCGCUGCUGGUUGUGACGCUAAUGGAAAGGGUCACAAAACAAACCAUACGCUCCAUGAUGGCAGAGAAAUCGCUUGCGUUAGUGUGAGAAAGAAACAUCACAUAUGGAAUCAAAACCAGUGUGAGGAGGAGUAUCUGUUGUUUAUGUUUAUGGUGGGUGAUGGCGCCUAAAAUUUUGACAGCUUCUUGAUGAGAAAAACUAUGCGAUGCCAGCGCCUCCACGAGAUUGCCACUUGUGUUGCGUUUCAAAACGUGCGUUAAAUUCCUUACACACGAUUGAAAACGGACUUGUAUGUCUGUUCUCUGUGCUAAAUCAAAAAUCAAAGAAAAAUGCGUAUUUUCUUAUGUUUAACGAAAAUGGGUUAAGCAUGUUUAUUAUUCCAAAGUGUUACAUUGUUACAAGUGAUUUGAACUUUCGGAAAUUCGCCUUCUAUCCAAAGAACAAACUAGCUGAAAGCUGUCAAAAAUGGUUUCUGAAACGAAGAAGUUUUUAAUGUUGUGUUUAAUUUUAAUAUACAAGGACAUGUAAUCGAGAAAGUUUCAAUACGAAAGAUAUAUACAUUACUAUUCUUGUUUGCAGGCAAUCGUAACUUUUGCACGAAUAGGAUUUGUUGGAAUCGUUUUAUCUUUCAAUUUUGCUUGCAAUAUUUGUUCAAAAGUCUAUUCGAAUAGAAGCAAAAACACAAGUGAAAAAACGCAUAGGUACAAAGUGAAAAUAUAGACAUUUCGAAAGGAAGAGUCAAAAAAAUCCAAAUACAUUCGAAAUAUCAAAGCAUAAGAACUUUUCUGUUCCAAAUUUAUAGAAACGUUUCCAAAAAACUUUUUGUUGAAUUGCGAUGCGUGAUUAAAAGUUAUGAGUAGUGUUACAACGUUAGAUUUGGGAAAAAAAACUCGAGAAAGCUCACUUAUGUAUCUGUAAAUCUGUAAAUUCAUGCCAUUUUGUACAAUAAUUUUCACGUUUUAUCCUCAAGUAAAUAAAAUAUAAUUAUUGAAA